AUGAAGGAAUCAGGCGACUCCACCACCAACCGCCGCGGCCGCCGCCGCCGCCUCAUCUGCUGCGGCGGCUGCCUCCUUCUCCUCAUCGUCCUCGGCGUCGUCGUCGUCGUCCUCUACUUCACCCUCUUCAGGCCUCGCGAGCCCACCAUCCAGAUCGUGUCCACCCGCGUCGCCGGCGUCUCCCCGCGCGUCACCCUCCCCGCCGUCCGCAUCGAGAUCAACAUGACCCUGGACAUCGACGUCCUCGUCCACAACCCCAACCGCGCCUCCUUCGACCACGGCCAGGGCCACACCAUCCUCCGAUACCGCGGGACCCAGGUCGGCGACGCCGACGUGGCCCCCGGCCGAGUGGCGCAGCGGGGGGACAGUCACGUGCAUCUCAAGCUCCGGGUGUUGGGCGACCGGCUCACGGCGCAGCUCGGGAGCUUUUUGGCGGACGUGGCCGCCGGCGAGUUACCGUUCGACUCAUCGACGAGGGUCCCCGGACGGAUCACCUUCCUGGGGUUCAUCAAGUUCCACGCGGUGGCGAAGUCCGAGUGCAACGUGGUCAUUGGGGUCCCGGACCUCGGGGUGAAGAGCCAAGAUUGCACCCAGAAGACCAAGCUCUGA